CCGCUUGAUACCUGCGUUGCGCGCGCUAGCAAGCCGUGCCAGGGAUGCUCUUUAGCAAAGAGUACCUACUUGUGGCUGUGCAUACCAGCGGCGCCUUGGAACUGGUGUUGGCGUUCAUACUGUUUGUCAUUGGCAUAUCACUCAUGUGCUCGACGCACUAUCGCAUGGCCCUUGGACCUCCCGUUGGCAGCGCCGGGGGCGGCUGCCUCUUCUUAGCGUUGUUGUACCCGGUUCCAGCGUGGUUUGCAUUCUACGCAUCCAAGCACCACAACAAGUUUAUGUUGCUGGUGCACAUUGCCCUUCUCAGUGGCAUUGCGGCGCUCCAGCUGAUCAUUGGCGGUGCCACGUAUGCUUCAACAUUCCCGACGUAUUCGUACGACUUUGCCGAGACGUGUUUGGGCAACGCCUAUCUGCGCAAUGCUACCCUGGAGACGGCGUGUCACGCAUACUUUCAGAGCGACGAGUACGCUGGAUUGACAUUGGCGUGGCAAACCUAUUUUAACGAAACCCUGAUCACUCAAACGGCGUCCAAUAUGGUCACGUUGUUGCAAGAUGCCAGUGUGUGUUGCGGUCUCGGCCCGCCAGAACAUUGCCAGCCGGACGAUCGGCCAUUUCCGAGCAAUUUUCCCGCCACAGACGCCACGAUUCGACGCGUGUGUGCGUCAAAGAGGGGAUAUUACCCACCUACUCCGCUGUGCUACAAGGGCGGCAGCUGUGCGUACGACUACCCCAUGGGGAGCUGUGGGUUGGUCGGCGUGGCGGGCAACUCGAUGGGCUGCGCCAAAGCAUUUCACCAAUACUUUGCCGCCACGAUGAGCACGGUAUCGAUUGCAGUGAUGGCGAUGACAUGUCUUCCUAUUCUGUUCGCCUUGGUCAGCUUAUGCUUGCUCUUCAAACGAAAAGACGAAGACGUGCUACCUUCGAUAACCAUGUGGCCCUCCCGCGCACGUGUGUACGUGGCAGCAGACAUCCGCCGCAUGGAGCGGUUGGAUCUCUAACCUCGUGCAUCCAUUUCCUGGCUCACGUUAUUUACGGAAUAUACUCCCUAAAUGGCUGGUUACAGCUUCUCCUCCACCGUGGAUCCCCCCUAACGUUACUUACUACAGCCCAUCGUACAGUUUGCCUUUCCAACAUUUGUAUUUAACGUUUUCAAUACAUAGUAUUCUGUACAAGAGUCUUUCGUAUGAUUACAGUUUGCGUCGAGGCACAAUAGGUCUCAGGUCAGCGAGCGAGGCCGACAGAGCCAGUGAUUUCGACAGCACCGGCGCAUCUCGACUUGCUAGGGCUAACGAUCCUCGCAAGCACUUGGCUAGUGGAGGAGGUGCGGCGAUGCUGGAGGUUGAAAGGGCGGUGCGGUCGCCUUGGUCGAUAAUGGUGGGGGUGGUGGUUGCCUUGUCUUCGUUGAACGACAAUGUGUUGUUAUGGACACGAUGACGGACAGUGGCUUUCGUCUUGGGUUGGGCCAACUGACGCAAUCGAGAUGACGACGUCGCGGCAGACUUUGGCCGUCCAGAUUUCGCCGACAACGCUGAAGUCGAGAGGGAAUGCGAUGCCGUUUUGGAGAUAGUCUCAGUACACCCCCUUCUUGCUUCAUCCAGUCUCUGGUACAUGAUGUAGCACAACGCACAUACGUGAAUCUACCAACGUCGCCAUCAUAUCUUAGCCCUUUUGUAUGUGGAAGGAAACGGCGG